AGAAGAAGCGGAGGAAAAUUGCCUGCGACUCUUUGCUCCUGAUGGUUGCACCAUGUCGAGGCGCAAGCAAGCCAAGCCGCAGCACAUCAACUCGGACGAGCCCGGCUCAGUGGGAACUGGCAUUCCUCGAGAUGAUCAAGCUGAAGAUGCAGAAAAUGAUGUAAAAAGGCUAAGGAUGGAAGGAACCAAAGUCUGCAAAAAGUGUUGUGCUGAAUACUUUGAUGAAGCAGAGUUUCUCGAGCAUGAAAAAAAUUGCACUAAAAGUCAGCACGUUGUCAUCAUGAAAGAGGGAGAUUACAAUGAGGUGCCUGAGGAAUAUUCACAAAGGUCUCCUGAAGGUCUGAACAGUGACCAUGACGAUGGUCAGUCAAGCAAUCAUUCCAAUGCAGACCAACUUGAACGGGCAGAGGAUGAGUCGAGCAUGAAUGCUGAGGACUCUGCACAGCAGGAUCAAGAAGAGAUGUCUAAUAGUCCUGAGAGAGCGUUCCAGCCUUCACCUAAAAUCCAGGAUUCAAAUGUUACUCUUCAAACCUUGCCUGAUACUAAUGUAGCUGUCUCCCAGCAUUCUUCAAAUGCACCCCAGGCCUUGCCACAGGAUGUCUUUCAAGCUAUUCCCAUCAUCUUGGAGCAGCUAGUGUGCCUUCAGCAACAGCAGUUACAGCAAAUCCAGCUCACUGAACAGAUUAGAAUCCAGGUUGCAAUGAUGACCCCACAGGGUCUGCAGCCAUCAGUGGGUGCAACAAUGGAUCCCCUCAAAGCUCUGGGUGCACACUUGUCUCAACAGCUGUCUGCAGCAGCAGCUCUGAUAGGCAAAAGGACUGGCAGUCAGAGCCUUUCCAUGGAGUCAGUAAAGCAAGGUAAACUACCUCUUCCCACUGGAAUUCCUAACUCUCUGAGUGCAGGUUUGGGAUCGUCAGCCUCUAAAACUGACAUUUUGAAGGGUGUUCCGGAUCUGGGGAGCCGUUUACAACCACGGCUGCCCCAGGCUCCAGGUGUCAUGAGUUUCCCUAGCAAUUUUAAUGGUAUCCAAUCAGGGAUUGACCCUUCUAAAAAGCUGAAAGCAAAGAUGCUAGCCCUCCCAUCAGAAUCAAAGAAUGGGGAAUUAUUGUUCAAGCACAAGUGUAAAUACUGUGGAAAAACCUUUGGCAACGACAGUGCCCUCCAGAUUCACCUCCGUUCUCACACUGGAGAGAGGCCUUUCAAGUGUAACAUCUGUGGAAACCGCUUUACAACCAAAGGAAACCUCAAAGUGCAUUUCCAGAGACAUAAAGAUAAAUAUCCUAACAUCAGUAUGAAUCCCCAUCCUGUACCAGAGCAUCUCGACAGUAUCCCCACCAGCAGUGGCAUUCCUUUUGGUAUGUCUGUGCCCAUCGAUGAGUCAAAUCUGACAGAAACUAAACCUGUCAUAAGUCAUCCAACUGCUGGGUUCAAUCCACAGUCUAUUCCGGGAUUCAAACCCAUGUUUGAUGGUUUUGGGAGGGACCCGUUCUCUCAAAAGCCCUCCCCAUCGACAAGCGAUAGUUCCCCAUGUAUUUCCACAGUGUUUGGACGAGACCCGGGACUUGAUCCAAAUCACAAGGAGGCUAAAGAAAUGCUUGGUGCAUUCCAUCACAUGAAUGGUGGUGCCCUUCCAGGAGAACCAAGCUCUGGAACAGCAAAACUUCAGCAAAUGGUGGAUGGACUGGAAAAGAGGACCAAUGAUCCCAAUGAGUGUGUGAUCUGCCACAGGGUGCUCAGUUGUCAGAGCUCUCUCAAAAUGCAUUACCGCACACACACUGGUGAAAGGCCAUACAAAUGCAAGAUCUGUGGCCGUGCGUUCUCAACAAAGGGUAACCUCAAGGCUCACUAUGGAGUGCAUAGAGCCAACACUCCACUCAAAAUGCAACACUCGUGUCCCAUCUGCCAGAAGAAGUUCACAAAUGCUGUAGUACUGCAGCAGCACAUUCGUAUGCACAUGGGCGGGCAGAUCCCCAACACUCCUAUGCCAGAAAGCCAGUAUGAAGCAACAGAAGCAAUGGAACCAUCUCUACCAGAGGAGAAGUCUGUGGACAACAGUGGUGUUGAAGCAACCAUGGAAGGCCAUGAACCAGAGCUUCACUCCCAGAAGCUGACUGAUUCCUUAAACUCUCUCCCGUCUGCCACUGAAGAGCAUCCGCAAAAGCUUGCAGCCCCUUUACCUUUCUCCAGCCUAGAUGUUCUGAAGAAUCUCACCUCUGCCCUCGUCCUGAAAAGACAGAGCAGCACUGCUUCAGAAAGUGAGGGAACACCCAAAGGCUCGCCACCAAUUCAGAAAGAGCAGGAAUAUCAAAAUGGCCGAAGCCCAGCCGUAUCUGAUUCAGCUGUGUCGUUUAACUCCUCUUCCCCAAUGAACAUCAGCAGCAAGUCCCCCGAGUCAGCAGGUGAUGAAUUUACUCGGAGUCUGACUAAACAAGAACCUGAUGGACCACAAGAUGGAGGCGAGUCAAGUGGAGCCCUUGACCUCACCGCUUCUAGCAGCUUUAAUACCAAAGUGAUUAAAGAAGAACCCGGUGUCUCGUUCACAAAUGGGGACUAUGCUCCCAGCAAUAUGCCUUUUAUGAAGAUUUCUCCAAAUUUGGGCAGCCUAGAAAUGAAGAUUCCACCUGAAAAUUCUCUGGGCCCUCAUGUAUUAUUCAGCUCCCAAAUGCCUCAGGGAACAGCUGUACCCUCCUCUAUCUCCACAGCACCUCGGCGAUCCACCAAACAGCAUAUAUGUAAUGCCUGUGGCAAGAACUUCUCAUCGGCCAGUGCUUUGCAGAUCCACGAGCGCACACAUACAGGGGAGAAGCCAUUUGCUUGCAACAUCUGUGGCAGGGCUUUCACCACAAAGGGAAACCUGAAAGUACAUAUUGGCACCCACAUGUGGAACAAUUCAUCUCGCCGUGGCCAGCGUCUUUCCCUGGACAAUCCCAUGGCAAUAAUGGCAAUGGGCUCGGAGGCUAAGAUUCUCCCAGAAAUGUUACAGGCACCCAAAGAGCUGGGUGCACCACAGAUGAGCUUCGACCCAUCUAUCUGGAACCAGUACGCUGCUGCUGCCUUCACUGGUGGCUUGACCAUGAAGGCCAAUGAAAUUUCAGUUAUUCAAGGAGGUGGCAUCCCGCUGCCAGGGAGCCCUGCCGGGGGACCACUGAUUGGCUCUACCGGAGGCCUUGUGAAGAUGGAUGGAUCUCACUCUGGUUUGCCCGGCGCAAUGGCUGAAAUAGAAAAGAACAGUUCAGAAAGCGUGCCAAAGUCACAGUUUCCACAUUUCAUGGAGGAGGGCAAAAUUGCAGUUAAUUAG